AUGGCGGACGCAACAGCAACAACGUCUGCGCCAGCGGCGGCCCCGGCGCCCGGACCGGCUGCGCCAAGCGAGCCCACCACCGCACGCGACAUCUCCCGCGACGGUGCCAAGAUCGCCGACAUGGAGUACUACGACCUCCUCGGCGUCCGCGGCGACGCCUCGGAUCUCGAGCUCAAAAAGGCGUACCGAAAAGCCGCCAUCAAGAACCACCCAGACAAGGGCGGCGACGAAGAGACAUUCAAGAUGAUCGGCGAGGCCUACCGCGUUCUCAGCGACAACCACCUGCGCGCCGACUACGACAAAUACGGAAAAAAGAAGCCGACCGAUGAAGUCGGUCUCAAGGAGGCCACCGACAUGUUUGGCAGCCUCUUCGGCGGCGAGCGCUUCGUCGACCUCAUCGGCGAGAUUAGCCUGAUCAAAGACUUUGGCAAGGCAUCCGAGAUCAUGAUGACCGAGGAGGAGAAGGAGGAGCUCGAAGCCCAGAUGAAGGCCGAGCACAAGAAGGCCAACGCCUCGGAAACGCCCGCUGCCGUCGAUGCCCAAAAGACCGACCUGCCCGCCGAGGCGACUACGGCGGGAGAGGCUGCGGCGCAAAAGGCUGCCGAGGCCGGUGCCUCGCACGAGGAGAUCGCCGAGGCCAAGAGGAAGGAGGAUGCCAAGCAGAAGCAGAAGCUCACCCCAGAGCAGAAGGCCAAGCUCGAGGAGCUCGAAAAGGAGAAGGAGGAGAACGAGCGCAAGCGUGUCGAGGAGCUGGUCCAGAAGCUCAAGGACCGCAUCCGACCCUUUGUCGAGGCACGCAACCCGGGCGACAAGGACGACUCGGAGACGCAGAUCUUUGAGCGCAAGAUGAAGGAGGAGGCCGAAGACCUCAAGCUGGAGUCAUUCGGUGUCGAGCUCCUGCACGCCAUCGGCAACAUCUACGUGAUGAAGGCAACCACGUGGAUCAAGACCAAGAAGCACAGCUUCCUCGGCUUUGGCGGCUUCAUGAGCCGCAUGAAGGAGCGCGGCGCGGUGGUCAAGGAGACGUGGGGCAUGCUCGGCUCGGCGCUCAACGUCAAGGCAUCCAUGGACGAGCUCGCGCGCCGCCAGGAGAAGGGCGAGAUCCCCGAGGACGAGCUGCGCGCGCUCGAACAGGACAUGAGCGGCAAGAUGCUGCUGGCCACCUGGAGGGGCACGCGCUUCGAGAUCUCGGGCAUCCUGCGCCAGGUGUGCGACAAGGUGCUCAACGAGAAGGGCGUGAGCGACAAGGUGCUCUUCAACCGUGCACAGGCCAUCAUGUUCCUCGGCAUGAUCUACAAGGCGGUGCAGCCGGACGAGGGCGACGACGAGCGUAGAGAACUCGAGCGUCUGGUCGCCGAGGCGGCUGGCAAGAACAAGAAGAAGGGCAAGAAGGACAAGAAGGCCAGCGGUACCACCACCCCGACUGGCGCCGCUGCUGCCGCAGCCUCUUCGUCCAAGUAA